CCCCUCUGUGCGAGUUUACCGAAACGACCUCGGCCCGGCAUUAAAUAAGCCUCCCAGGCUCACCUGAUCCCCUCCCCCUUCCCUCUCUUCCGCCUCCGAUUGAGUGGCUCACCUUCUUUCCCAGCCAGCACGAGCUUGCAAGCAAGCGAGCUCCUGAGAUUUCAGCUCGCUUCUCCUCCAGAGGUCGAGCAGACCAGACUCCUCCGACCGAAGCUCUACCACUUCCCAGUUAGCCUGUCCAGGAACUGCUUGGCCGGAGAUCCAAACAAACCUCUGUGUUGGGGUUCUCCGGGGUUCCUUGCGCUGGAGGGAGGUUUCGUUCUCGCUGGCCAUGGUUUGGCUGAGAAGCAGCAGCGGCAGCAUCUUGAUGCCAAAUCUCUGAGCUUUAUGAAGAUCGCCACUCACCUGCGCCGCUCCUGCUUCCUCCACUCCUUCUCGGUUGUCUUCCUCUACUGGUUUUAUGUGAUCUCAUAACUUGCCCUCCCCCGGAUCCGCCAUUCCCCCGUGCCCUCUCUCCGUCCCCUCAACCUUCUCCCUCCUUUCUUGCUUCCCUCAACAAUCGCCAAAUAACAGCACUAGCGGCAGCGGUAGAGGAUCUUUUCGAGGUAAGCUAGGCCGGCCGGUUCCCUGCGGGAAAAAGAAAAGAAAAGGACCCUGUCUUGAUGUCGUCGUCGUCGCUGUCUCCGACGGCGGGGAGGACGUCCGGGUCGGACGGCGACUCGGCGGCGGACACGCACAGGCGCGAGAAGCGCCGGCUGUCCAACCGCGAGUCGGCGCGGCGGUCUCGGCUCCGGAAGCAGCAGCACCUGGACGAGCUGGUGCAGGAGGUGGCGCGCCUGCAGGCCGACAACGCGCGCGUGGGGGCCCGCGCCGCCGACAUCGCGUCCCAGUACACCCGCGUCGAGCAGGAGAACACCGUGCUCCGGGCCCGCGCCGCCGAGCUCGGCGACCGCCUCCGCUCCGUCAACGAGGUGCUCCGCCUCGUCGAGGAGUUCAGCGGCGUCGCCAUGGACAUCCAGGAGGAGAUGCCGGCGGACGACCCGCUGCUGCGUCCCUGGCAGCUGCCCUACCCGGCUGCCGCCAUGCCCAUCGGCGCCCCGCACAUGCUCCACUACUGAUGAUUGCCUCCACCAACCACACCACCAUACAUCUGAGGCUGUCAGCUGGGGCUGGUUGGCAACAAGACAAGAAGAAUUGGCUGCCUCUCAACAACAUUCACAUCUACUACCUACCUGGCUGCUUUGAGAAUUACAGGGCCUCUACUAUCUGCUGCUGUGUUAAAUCUACCUCCUGGUUUCUCCAAUAAUUGUCGCUGUUCUGUACUCUUCUCUUCUCUUAUGUUCUGUCUGUCAGUGUGUAUGAGAUGAUGCUCAUCUUAUGUUAUAAGGCUUAAUCAUGUGUCUAGUUGUACUUUCUGUCUUGUAAUGUUAUCAGUUAUAUGAAUAAUAAGUGUUAUGUAAGCUCCUAUAGUCAAGCGUUUAUUCAGAUCUGGUGAUGUUUCAUUUCUUGUAUAUGGUUAACAUCAGCUAGAAAGUAACUCCAUGAAAACAUUUUU